AUGAGUUACACGUAUGGAAUGCUUCCUCAGGGUCACAUCAGACUCCUUGUUCUACAGCCUGGAAACACAUCCGAUGCCCUCUCCUGCUCGUUCUAUUCAACUCCACUCGAAUCAGCUCCCGUCUAUGAGGCUGUAUCAUAUGCUUGCGACACUCUCGAAUUGAGUGACACACUCAACGUUCUGUCGUGUCCUGGCGCAAACUUGGAGCCUGAACCACAAAUCUUACCGAUAACUCAAUGUCUUUCAUCCCUUCUCCGCUCUCUUCGCCAUACCACCGAGCCGCGAACAAUCUGGCUCGAUGCAGUCAGCAUCAACCCAAGAAAUAUUGCUGAGAAAAACUCUCAUGUGCUACGAAUGCGACAUAUGUACUCCCAGGCCCGACGCGUCAUUCUCUGGUUAGGACUGGCCUCAGAUGAUGGAAGCACUGAUCGAGCCUUUACGUUCCUCAAAAGGAUGGCGAUGCACAAAAAAUGGGCUGACCGAGGCCACUAUAUGGGGAGCAGAAGGCUGGGGUCUGAUACUAGCUCCGAAUGUGGUAUCGGAAUGUGUCAAGGCGAGUCAGACAAUGAGUCAGAAGAGGAGGAUUCAGGAGAUGCCGACGAAGGAUACGGCAGUGACUCAACUGCCGAUGUUGCUUCCGAGGAUAGUGAUACUAACGGAGAUGAGACUGCUGAUUCUCCCCAGUUCUCCUCGCAUGAGAAUAUAGCGACCUAUUUGGAUGAAGUUGAAAUGGAUGACACCCCACAUAACGCAUUUUACCAGUUUUGGAGACGGGUUCAAGCGUCCUUGGACAGGAUGAAAGACUUUGCUUACCGUCGAUAUCAUCACUAUUUUGUUCUGGGAUGGUGGAACCCACUGUUUCGUUGGAGAAUCAGUAAAGCCUGGGACAGUUGCAUUGAUGCCUGGGCUCUAAACGCAACCAGAGUCGGGCACAUCGCCUUUGGUAGGCCAAUUCUCUAUGAGAAUGAUAUGGGAGACUUUUUCGUUAGCCGAUAUGCUGAUGACUGGGCUGCCGUCGACCGACUUCUUCUACGUCCUUGGUGGAGUCGGGUAUGGGUAGUGCCAGAAGUCUGGAGUGCUAGCGAUGCAACGAUACUUCAAUGCGGGCCACACAAAAUGAAGUGGAAAACAUUUCAAAAGGCAUUACCAUAUGAGGAGACAUGGGAUGAUAUACAGAGCGUUAUGACCGAUAAUGAAGGCUUCAGGCUCGACAUAUGGCCACAAUUGAAGAAGCGUUACAAGUUGGCUUUGCAUCUGAGUAAGAAGAGGUUACUGAGUGGGAAUCUAUCAGAUCUUCUAUGGAAUACGUGGGAUCGGGAGGCUGUUGACCCACGGGAUAAGGUUUUCGCUAUAUCAAGCCUUGUUGGCAAGAAUGAAGGCCUCACGCCUCCUGAUUACCACAAAACCACAAGACAGGUCUUCUGUGAAACGGCUAGAGACAUCAUUCUGACCGAAGGUAAUCUUGAUAUCCUUUUAGCAGCUGGUGGGCCAAAAGACCCAUGCAAUGGCGGCACAUUGCCAUCCUGGGUUCCAGACUGGCGCUCAAAGGCCCUUGACAGAAGACCACAUCAUCUCGUCGACAGGUCACGGUUGAGGUCUCUACUGUUCACACACUCAGUCAUAUCAAUCAUCGUCAACGGGCACGGUUACACGGCAUGUGGACAAGAAAGCAAAGUGGCACGGUUUGGGCCUGACCUUUCUACAUUGCAAGUUCAUGCCGUAGUGAUGGAUGAGGUUGGGUUAUUUGGAACGUCUCAAGAGCAUGAGAUAGUCGAGCUUGGGCCAGUAGUUGAAGACGCUUGCACCGUUGCCAAAGCGACUUUUGAGCAAGUUAUACCCUCAUGGUGUAAUGGUUAUGUCGUGGAUGAUUUACCAGCGUUGGUCAGAACAGUUAUGAUGGGGGGCUCACGGGGUGAAAAAACAGAAGAGGAGGUCAUCAGCAAUACAAUGCCACUGCGGCGAUUCUUCACUACAAAAGCGGAAAAACGACUAUGCAUCGGCCCCGCUUUGUCUAACAAGGGUGACAAAAUUUGUAUCAUUGCUGGUUGCAAUUUUCCUUUGGUUCUUCGACAGAUAAGGGAUGAAAAAGGUCAAGAUUCUGCAUUUCAACUGAUUGGGGAGGCUUAUGUCCACGGUAUCAUGAAUGGGGAGGCAAUUGCUGCCCUCAAGAGAAGAACAUGGUGGGAGAAGCUCGCCUGGUGGCGUAGGCCAAAGGAUGUGAACUGGGAAACAAUAACUAUUUACUAA